CAAGCCACCUGUGUGCAUUUGAUAGUCCUCAUUAAAAUUUAGUUGGAGAGCCAAAGAGUGGACCACCUAUCCAAUUGCCCCAGAAUGAGAGUCCAAAGAAUGAGGAGCUUUAAAAUGACACCUCCUCUCUGAACCCUGCGGGACAGCAUGUGCAGAAGAACUUAAAAGCUGCAUACUAAAAGAAACAACAUGGUUUUAAGGAUGACUGUCUUCAUUCAUGUUUUGUUCAUUGCUGGAAAGGUCACCUCCAAGAAAGGUGUUAAAUGUGGAGGAAUCCUCUCUGCAAGCAGUGGCAAUGUGUCAAGCCCUAAUUUUCCAGGCCUGUACCCUUAUAACACUGAAUGCACCUGGUUGAUAGUGGUCUCAGAAGGCUCUUCCGUACUGUUAACCUUCCAUCACUUUGAGCUGGAAUACCAUACAGACUGUGCUUACGACUACAUCAAGAUAUACAACGGCAUCUCAGAGGAUGAGGGCAACCUCCUGGGGAAAUUCUGUGGAGAUGUGUCUCCUCCUCAGUUCAGCUCGUCCUGGAAUGUCAUGUCCAUCAUCUUCCAUUCAGACCGUCAUGUUGCACGCAAGGGUUUCUCGGUGGGCUAUAGGAAAGAUAUGUGUGGUGGGGUUUUGACCGGUCUUUCGGGAGUCAUCUCCAGCCCAGGUCAUCCACAAGACUACAGCAACAAUGCUGACUGCUCCUGGACAGUUCAUGUGUCCAAUCAGAGUGUAGUCAGCCUGGUGUUUCUCGACUUCCAGUUGGAAAACAACGAGGGGUGCAACUUUGACUAUGUGGCUCUCUUUGAUGGCCCCACUAUUAAACACCGUCACCUGGGCAAUUACUGCGGUAAUGAGAGACCUCCCAACACCGUCACCACAUCAAACCAACUGCUGGUGGUCUUCAAAUCUGAUUUCAACAUUGGAGGGAGAGGUUUUAAAGCUUAUUACUACUCAGGAGAGUGCCAGCAAAUUCUCAAAAAUAUCAUUGGGAACUUUACUAGUCCUCACUACCCAAACAUCUACCCCAACAACAUCAACUGUCACUGGACAGUCACUCUAGCAGCCGGCUACAGGAUCAAGCUAUUUUUUCCCUUUCUGGAGCUUGAGGAUCGGAACAGCCUGACCGACACGUGCGACUAUGACUCUGUGGCUGUGUAUGACGGGGACAGUGAGACAGACACUCUGUUGGGCCACUGGUGUGGUAGUGAACAGCCUCCAUCGUUGACCUCUAAGGGAAAUAAACUACUGGUUGUUCUCAACACUGACCGGAACUAUGCCUUUAAGGGCUUCACAGCCUCCUAUAUAGGAGUGGUGCCAGUCAAUGUAAGCUGCACCCGAACUGAGUUUCAGAUUCAGGUCUCCAGACAGGCUUUACCUCAGCUGGACCGUGAGAACAUUUAUCUGGGGAAUCCAUCCUGUUCGGCCCAGCUGACGGAAACAUCCUACAAAAUUCAAGCCCGUUUUGUCAACUGUGGAACUGCUGGACAGAAACGUCAAAACAUCACCAUGCUGGUCAACUCGCUUUAUAUUGACUUCUCUGAUGGACCACAGCAGAAUAUUCAGGAGUAUGAAGUGCAAUGUGAUGCCCAGAGGAAGGUGGCCAUGGCUAGCAUUAUCUCAGUUGAGGAACGUAACCGGCUCAAUGAACUGGCCCGUCUGGCCCAGGAAUCAAACAACAAGAAAGUUGAUGAAGAAAGUGAACCACAUGACACCAGUGACAUCAUCUUCAUCAGCAUCUGUGUUCUCGCUGUCAUCCUCAUGUUAAUUGCUAUUGUGUGGUUGGUGCUCCUAUAGACCAUAUGCACCAGAGAAACAAAAAAGCCAUCUUUAAAAUUUUGUAUUUGAACUUUCAUUUUUGCGGUAGCUCUGUAUGUUUUUAUUGCAUCGCUGUCGAAGAGUAAUUAGCUGGUGAAGUGGACUGACUUAUGGUAGAGUUAAUGAAAGUUAUCAUGAGCAUUGUAAUGUUUGAAGCGGAUGUCAUUAGACCAGAAAGAUUUUAAAACGAGUGGUUCAUUCAUAAAUUCUGUAAGAUCUUAGCUUCAUGCUGUGGAAUUACAAACCGGAAGACAGAACACAACGAGUGCAGCACUGAAAAGGGCGAGGCUACAUAAGGUCUAUAGGAGCGCCACACAAUGAAUAUAUAAGGACUUGAUAUAUCUCUAUUUUUAUACUUUUUUUUAUUUUUUAUGUACAUUGGUGGUCCAAAGUUUGGAAAAAAUUAAGAUUUUUUUUUAUGUUUUUGAAAAAAGUCUCUUCCAAGGUCUUCCAAUGCUCACCAAGGUUGCUUUGAUCAAAAAUACAGUAAAAACAGUAAUAUUGUGAAAUAUUGUUACAUUUUAAAAUAACUGUUUUCUAUUUUUAAUACAUUUUAAAAUCUAAUUUAUUCCUGUGAUGAUUUUCAGCAUCAUUACUCCAGUCUUCAAUGUCAUGUGAUACUUCAGAAAUCAUUCUAAUAUGCUGAUUUGCUGCUUAAUUAUUAUUGGUGCUCAAUUAUUAAUAAUGGCUCUUAUUAUUAUCAUUAAUGUUGCAGCUUAAUAUUUUUGUAUUAAGCAGCAACAUAUUUUUAGGAUUUUUUUGAUGAUUAGAAAGUCAAAAGAACAGCAAUUUAUUUGAAAUAUAAAUCUUUUGAAAUUGAAAAAAUUUCUCUACUGUUCUUGUUAAAAGUAUUAAUUUCUUCUUCUUCUUUUUUUUAAGAUCUUACUUACCACAAACUUUUAAAUGGUAGUGUGUCACUGUUUCCAUUAAAAUAUAAACAUUGUUUUCAACUGUUUUCAUAAUUGAUAAUAAUAAUGUUUCUUGAGCAGCAAAUCAUCAUAUUAGAAUGAUUUCUGAAGGAACAAGUGACACUAAAGUCUGGAGUAAUGAUGCUCAAAAAAUUCAGCUUUGCCAUCAUAGGAAUAAAUUACAUUUAUUAAAACACUAAACAGUUGUAAUAAUAUUUCACA